UUAUCUAAUAAAUACACUACACUCUUAACUAUCUACAACUUCAUUAUCAGUAACUAUUUGAAAUACUAACAUUUCUGUCACAUUAAAUAUUCUUCACCAUCUUCUUCUGUUCGAUUCCCAAUGCAAGAGAGAGAGAGAGAGAGAGAAGGAAGAGAGGUGAAAUAAGGUUAAAGCUUUGAAGGUUGUAGUAAGCUUUAUCGUUACUGCAAAUGGGACGAGACUGCGGCCACGGUGGUGGAGCAAUCUUUUCCACUAAGUCAAAGAGAAAAUCAAAUGGAUGCAUGGCUGCUUUUUAUCACUUGUUUGAUUUCCAACAUCUCUACUUCCCUUCUCAUCGUGAUCUCACCAUUGAUUCUCCUUCAAGGUCAAAAGGUGUUUGUUCCUUCUCCCUCUCAAACAUAAGUUCACUAGAGAAAUGGUUAGACCAGAAGAUAAUAAAGAAAGGAGUUGUUAUUAUUCUGAAAUUUGCAGGCUUGAAGUUAACAGAAGAGUCUCCCCCACCAACAACCUACAAGGACAAACAAAUUUUGAACAUUCCCGUAAGCAUGCUAGUGAGAACAGAGACAGGGACAAGGAGUUUAAGACUCAAAGCUAUUGCGACAGAUAAUUCCACUUCUUCAUCUGAAAUGUGCAGCUCACCAGGCAGCAAAACACCGAGCUUGGUGGCUAGGCUAAUGGGUCUUGAUCUUCUUCCUGAGAAAACAGACCUUAACAAGUCACUCUCAAGUCUUCAUACAAUGACCCAUCAUGGAACAAGUCGUCUCACAAACCACAUACUUUCCAAGAAAGGCACACGCUUGGGCGGUACUAGAUCUUUACCGGAGAGCCCUAGAGUCUCAUCUGCUCGGAGAUCUGAUUUCGACAUCCAUCGCCUCUCUCUCCAGCUGAACAAAGAGAACAAGCGUGAAGAGUAUAGCUGUUCAAGGCUGAAACAGCAAGAUCAAGAGGAGAUUCAGAGUCCAAGGCAGAUUCUGAAACAAAUCAAAGAGAGAGUCGUCACCAGAAGAGUCGUGGGUAUGGAUAUAGCAAACUCAGUGAAGAACAGAGAAGCAAAACCAUUGCGAGAGAGUAAUGAGCUUAGAAGAGACACAACGAUUUCUUGCUCACCAAGAACCAGGUUUUCAAAUAAAGAAAACAAACCAUCUUCUUUCAGACCAGAACAAACCACACCUAAGCCGAAGCCGAGGCCAAAGACAACGAAGGUGGUCCUUGUUUCCGUGUCAAAAGCCUCUGGGGAGGAACAGAGCAAGAACAGAGUAAAACAUACGGAGCUGAGACCCGUCAACCAAUGCAAGAAGACAAAGAGUGAAACAAGGUUCACUCAACGUCCCUUAAAACCUUCUCAGACACCAGAUACUCGAAACAAGGGUUUCUUCUCUGAAUCUACAACAGACGCUAAAGCUACCAAUCCCUUACACAAGAAGAAGUUCAAGAAAAUACCAAAGUCAAGUGAUGUUGACAACAACAUCUUUGUCACAAAACUUCCUCAGAAACAGGUAAACGAAAGAGAAGGACUAAAAGCGAAUGAAACUGAAGAGACUGAUACUGAAGCAGCAGCGAGGAACUAUCAUGGAUCGGAACUCUGUUCCUUUGUUGCUAGUUAUAGCAGUAAGCGUUGUUGUUCGAAUCUCGGAGAGAUUGAUCGUCUUCUGGAGACGAAGAAGCUCGAAGAAGAAGAAGGAGAAGAUAUCGUCGCGGAGAUUGAGCGGGGUAUCGUCGAAGCGCUCGUGCAAGAAACGGUGUCUGAAUUGAAUAUUCAGCGGAGACGAAGCGAAACGACGUCGGAGAAAAGACUUAGUCGUUAGGUAGGGAUGUUGAUGUUUCUUAUACUUGUUCAUUUGUAUUAACUAUCUCGGCGGGGAUGUUGAUGGAAUUGUUUCUUUGUGUGAAGAGGUGCGAAGAUGGUGUGUUUUAAGUGGUCUUUGGAAUGUGAGUAUUUGAAAUUUACUGUUGAUUUAUGGUGGAAUAAGGAGUUAUGGUAAAUUUUUAUGUUGGCU